GUGUAGAAUCCGACAAAAACGAAAUCAGAGUGAGAUUCGGGGAAAAAUAUUGGAUUUUUUAUUUAAAAAAAAAAAAAUUAGAAAAGUAUUUAAAUGUUUUAUAUGUUUUUUUUUAUAAUUUAAAUUAUAUAAAUUAUAAGAAAAUUUAAAAAAUAAAUUUUCUAUGAAUAUAAAAUUUACUUUUAAAUUGAUUAAAUGAAAGAAAAGUGUAUAAAAUAUCAAAAUUUCUACUUAAAAUUGGGAUAAAAUUAUAAACGAAAGAAAAAAAGAGAUAAAAAAAGAAAUUUAAACUUGAUUUAAUAUUUUUGAAAGUUUUAUUUUGGAAAUAAAAAAACAAACAUAAAAUUAAAAAUUAAUAAUUUUAAAAUAAUUGCGCAAAAUAAUGAAGAGGCGAAAUGCCGAAUGUGGCAAGAUACGGCGACCGAUAAAACGUAAUAAAAUUACGGAAGGAAUGUACGGAAGCACUACAGUUCUGUACUUAAAGUUUUUGAUUCUUUGGGCAAUUGUGAUAACAGCUGAUUUUAUGUUUAUGUUCCGAUUUGAAUUCUUAUGGCCAUUUUGGCUUUUACUACGAUCAGUCCACGAUUCAUUUAAAUAUAAAGGAUUGGCAUUUUCCGUAUUGUUUGUAUGCAUAGCCAUAACGUCAGAUUUAGUUUGUUUGUUUUUUAUCCCAGUACAUUGGUUAUUAUUUGCAGCUAGUACGUAUGUCUGGGUUCAAUAUGUGUGGCACACAGAUAAAGGGAUCUGUUUGCCAACGAUAAUUUUAUGGAUGUUAUUUGUAUAUUUAGAAGCGGGUAUACGAUGGAAGGAUAGCCGGCAUAUGCCACAUUUAGAUCUUUGCAGGCCAUUUGCAGCGCAUUGUAUUGGUUAUCCAGUAGUAACAUUAGGUUUUGGAUUUAAAAGUUAUAUAGGAUAUCGUAUGAGACAACGCAAGCAGCGGGAAGUAGCUAAAGAAAAUGAAUUUUAUAUGCAACUGCUUCAACAAGCAUUGCCACAGGAUGAACCAGUUUCUUCCAGUAAUGCACAAGCCAACAGUGAUGAUAUACAGCAAAAUCAACAGCAACAUCAUCACCAAAAUGGUGGAAUAUUGCACUGUUCAACGAGCUCAACGGCAGGGCAAUUAAUUGGUGCAAUACCAGUAGCACAACAAGUUCAAAUCUCGCAAAAUUCAUCAUUGUUAUCAUCAUCAAAUUCAUCUUUAACAAACUCCUCAUUAAUUAAUCAUCAUCACCAUCAUCAUUCAUCAUCAACUGUUAUAGCUGAUAAUUCUUCAAAUAGUAAUAUUUAUCAUCACACAUCAGAUGUUCAAAUAGGUCAAAUGUUGUCAACAUCGAUUAGUUCGACGUCAAGUGGGUCUUCGUCAGCAUCAGUAACGGCGACGGCUGCAACAUCCUUAUCUACAGCACCCAGCACAACAUUGUCUUUUUCCAGCCAAGGUGCUGCGAAUGCAGCAUCAAAUUAUUUAUCAAAUCAUAAUAAUAUAAAUAAUAUUAACAAUUAUAGUUCUAAUAAAACAGCUCAAACUACAACAAGUAAUAAAUUAAAUAAUAAUUUAAGUAAUUCAACUACACAAUUUUCAGUAGCUAAUACACAUGGUUCAACGGUGAUGACAUCAAAUGGACAUAUUAGUAAUGGAAGUUGUAAUAAUAGUAAUAAUAACAGUAAUAACAGUAAUAGUAAAAACAAUCGAAGAAGUGUUGAUAAGGACAGUAAUAAAAAAUAUGAAUCAAAUUCUAAAGUUUCAUCAAACUUGAAUUCCGGUAAUAGUUAUCAUGAAAUUUGUAAGGAUCCAAAACAAAAUUCAGAUACAGAUUGGAUGGAUGUUACGACAACAUCAAGUGGUAUAUUAUCGUCUUCAUCAUCAACAGUGUCGUUAUCUUCAAUUAAAACAGAUAUUAAAGAAAAUGGAAAAUCGCUUUCAAAUGGUGGACCACCAUCUAAUAAUAUAUAUUCCGGCAACAAUAAUUUUAAUUGCUCGACUUCUGGAAUUGGAGAAAAGGAAACAAAUAGCAGUAGCCAUGGUAAAAUAAAAUCCAAUCAACAAAAUGGCAAUUUACUACAUUUUGAAAUCGAAGAGGUUGCAGUUAUUGCGGACCCACCCGAGAAAAACAAAGGUAGGAAAGCUCGUUCUAAACGCGGUGAUAACAAUGCUUCUACAAAGGACAAUCAUCAUAAUCAUAAUAGUUCCAGCAAUAACAACAAUACAUCGUAUAACCACAACACUAGCAACAAUACUUAUCAUCACCAUAACAAUCAUCAUCAUUCAAAGGAUUCCCAUGGUAAUUCUGAUACAUCAAGUAAUUCAUCUACAUCAUCCUCAGCUGUUUCAACAGCAUCGGCAACAAUAACAAAUUUAGCCUCGCAAAUAGUUACAAAAAUAUGUGACACAUGCUUUCGACUUGAAGCUGAGGUGAAAAAAUACCGUGCUGAAAUUAGUCACAUGAAACAAAUUGAGAAUGAACUCAGACAAAAAUUGGAUUCAAAUGUCACAACCAAAUCUUGUUUGCAGGCCAAACAGAGGGAAUGUGAUGAACUGGAUAAAAGAUUACAUGAAAUGCAAAAUACAAGGCAAAUUGAUUUAAUGAACUUACAAAAUGUUGAAAGGCGUUUAAGUGAAGAACGUAGACAACGUCAAUCUUUGGAGGCCCAAUUAAAUAAUGAGAAAAAAGCAAGAAAAACUGCUGAAGAAAAAGCCACUAGAUCAGAAUGUGGUGAUGUAUGCAAACAAAGAAAACAACAACUGGAAACCGAAAUAAAACAAUUACGAAGGGAAUUAAAAUCUACAGAAGAAGGGAAACAGACGGCCGAACAACAGAGCAGAAAAUAUGAACAAGAUUUGAGAAUGUUUGAGGCUGAAGUCAGAAAUAGGGAAGCACAGCAGGGAACAGAACGUCUUAUUUCAGCAUUAGCUGAUAUGCAAUAUAAAAAUAGUACAUUGGAAAAAAAUUUAUCUGCAGAGACGAGAGUCAAGCUGGACUUGUUCUCGGCUUUAGGAGAAGCGAAACGUCAACUAGAAAUUAAAGACAGUUUGAUACGAAACAAAGAUAAUGAAGUCCUUGACUUGAAAGCAAAAAUAGCACAGUUAUUAGCUAUAAUGCCAUCAGAUAAUUUAUGUUUAUCCUCACCAUGCCCAACAACAGGUCCAUCCAGUCCAAUGCUAUCUCUUAGUACGGCACAUCAACAAAUUAUGGCAUCAAAUCAUCCAUUAAAUUCAAGAGGUGGGCCAACAUCAGUUGUUGCAGCAAAUAAUGUUGGUGUUGUUGUUAACAAUAAUGUAACAACAGUAAAUGGAUCAUCAGUUUCACCAUCAACUUCGGUCACUGUAAACACUGUUACCAAUGUGAACUCAAUAACAAAUAGUUCACAAAAUUCAAAUGUUACUAAUAAUGUUGUUGGUAAUAUUCAAGUUGCUUCAAGUGGUCAAACAUCAUCCAAUUUAGAUCCAAAUGCAACAGCAUAUACACCGAAAAAUUCUAUGGUUAGUGGAACAGAUGCUUGACGACAUUACCGUUAAAAGGAAAAAAGUGUUUACUAAUAAAAAAAAAAAAUUUUAAAUACUUAUUUAG